GUACGCUCAAUGAAUCAAUGGUGUUUUCCGUUCUCGUGUUCUCUGAGAGAUGAGUCUAUUGCGGUAGAGCAGUUUUUUGCUAGAGCAUGAUGUCCUUCAUAACUACGAAGCUAACGCCUCUUUGAUCGGUGCCCGAGAGUGUGAGGCUGAAGACAUAUGAGAAAGAUAUGCUUGACGUUGAAAAAGACCCUGGCAUUAUCCCUAUCGGUCCGCAUACUCAAUAAAGACUACAGCGUUGUAGGAAGCCGCCACCCUUGUCGCCCAUGAUCCCCAACGAAGUUUCCCAAUUGUGUAGUUUUUUUUUACACUGUAGACGUCGUUGCUUCAUACAUAAAGUUAUCCUUAUCGUUCGCACAUCAUCAUCAAUCAAGACUAACGAGUCAUCAUCUUAUGCUUUCGAGUUGUUGUUACUGUUAUUGAAUAACACGACCAACGAUGUGACGAUGAACUCUAUUCCAAAUACUUACUUCUGCGAAGAGAAAGCAGCCAAAUCCUUUUCUGAGUACUAACUGAUAUCGAAAAAACUCAAAUAACUCCCAUGUUGAUCGGAAAUCUAUUCAUCAUACAUAGAAAAUUCAUAUUGACAUCAAUGAGAGUCUAGUUCCUAGAAGUUUCUAAUUCUUCUAGGACAUCAAUAUGGUUGUUGCUAGGGGCUGGUAAGUUAUAGCUAGCCCUUGCCCUUGUCCUCUGAACAAGGACGCCUACAAGGCGACCAGAAUGGCGGGUCCUCCAGGGAUGAUCCCGUCAGGGGACGACAUCAUCUUACCCUAUCAUGGCGUCCUCGAUUUCUCCUUCAAAGAGAUAAAAACCAUAUCAGACCUCUCAAACGAAGUGCCAAGGAAUGGCGAUGUGCUAGGGAUAGAGGCGAAGCUGAAGGUAUACUAACUUUAACAUUAAGAUUUACAUCUUCAGGUUAGAGAGAGAGAGAUGAAACUAUAACUUCUGCUCUAAAUCGAAAAAUAUAGCAUUCCGUAUAGACAUAAAGACGUUGUUUGUUCACCGACCUUUCUCGACUUUGAUAUCUCCCAGGACCGAUUACGUGAAGGUGCGGUAAGUGCGGUGGACGCUGCAAUAGCAGCAAAGUUGGGUAGUCCGAAACGGGUAUUAUCAAAAAAGCAAAUAGUAGGCUUGCGGCUCAAUAACAACCUGAUAGACGCAACUCCACAAAUCAACGUGCAGUUAGCAACCAUGACACGGGCACCGGUGCCGAGGCCAGGUAUUGAGGCAUAUGGAUGAAUCACAAUUUGAAUUUCUGAGUCAUGAUAAGCCAUUUCUUCGCAGUUGUCAUGACAUAACUUUGACCAAAUAAGGCGCACACUGUGGAGUCAACGCAGAUCCUUUGCGAGUACUGAGAAUGAACGAGUGUUGUUGUUGAUUCUCAUUCAAAAAACAGAAACGGCGCUCCUGUGGUUGGACCUGAGUUUUAAUCAGCUGACGGCGAUAGACAAGAGCUUGCUGACGCUGGAAAACCUGAAGUCAUUGUAUUCUGGUUUUUAUGCUUGUAUUUAUGCCGGUGAUUUUGUACAAUCACUUGAGACGUAGUGAUGAUGUUUUGGUAAUAGGUUAUUCUUCGAAAUUACAAGCAGAAUUUUUUUUUUGUCUAAUUUCCGACUGAAGGGAACAACCGUCUUCCACCCAAAGAGCUGCCUUCGCACUCCAGGUAUAUGCAUGGCAACAAGCUAGGCAAUUUGGCGCAUGUGGAGAAGCUCUCAGGACUGCAGAAAUUAGAGAAGAUAACUCUAAACGGUAAUCCUUUCGAAGCCAAAAAAGGUUAUCGGGCAUUCGUCGUAGGCUGUAUCCCACAAGCGAGGAGCGUGGAUCACACCAGUAUUGAGAUUAAUAUGAGGACUGAAGAGUGGCUAUUGCAGUUGAUGCUAUUGGUAGAGGUUGUACUCUGUUUUAGUUUUGAAUUAUUAGUUUUUAGUUACCACAUUAUAGUUCAUCUCAGACAGAAUUUGCAUCUCCUCAAUUUUUCACCUGAUCCAUGCACCAUCUCUCUUCAGCACACAGCAGUUGUAGUGAAAGAACUUAGUAAAAGGACUUACCAUGAUGAUCUUUUCACAUUAUUCUGCUCACUUCCACACAUUCCACACGACAGGUGUAACCAAGGAUGAGCGCGCACGGAGUAUCUCGUUUUAUCAUAACUACUGUGCGGGGCGCAAGCUGGCUGCCGAAGCACGAAGAGAGGCAGCGAUGGCGAGGGACUUCUAGUGGGACUAGGCGAUAGCGAAGUAGAGUCUAAAAAUUCUUAGCAAAUUUCUAAUAUCAAAGUCUUAGCAAAUGCAAACAACGUUCUUAGCAAACUCUGGUCUGAACACAGCAGCUUACCUCGCAAGGUAGAGCCAAGGGUUAUAGUUUCGAUUCGACGACAGCAGUCAGUACAGAACUUGAAAGCAACACUGAAAAGCAGCAUGCAACGGUGCUCAGACAACGUAGUACCAGUGGCUGAAUGCUUGUUGUAUACUAGUUUUUGGCAAUGAAUUAGAACAUUUUCGUUAUAUAUUAUGCUUGAGGACACCACGAUUUGCGGUCCUUCGAUGGCACCUGUCAUCGCAAAGGAU